AUGACUUCUUUACCUUCAGACCAGGAUCGAGUCACAACACCUAAAAAGACCAAUGUUCAGUUAUCACAACUCUCGCCUUACAAUAAAUACACGCCAAGACGCGCAAAGAUGGCCUUGAUACGCGAUAAGCAAAUUUCGCGCUUGGCAUCUCGCAGGGCAAAAGGCAAAAAUAAAGAAACCACCGAGGAGGAAGAAGAAGAGGAGGAUGAACACGCAAGUGACUCGGAACUCAUAGUAGAAGAGAAAGUAAAAAUCCCGUCGCCUAUGAAGCGACAACUCGCGAAGAAAAAGUCUCCAAAGAAAAUACUUCACGUUGUUCCCCAUAAUCAACAUGGCGUAUUAAUGCCAAGAAUUGGACCUAAUGGUAGUCGAUGUUACAAGAGUCCCAAACGUCAUGUUAUUACUCGAAUUGAUCCAAAGUACAGUAUGACAUCACAGCAAUUAAGCGAUUAUUUACAAUAUCAAAUUGCCGUACAAAGUAUUAAGAAAAGGGAACAAAAAAAUGCUAAACGCGGGAACUUGGUCACCAGUGAACGACAAAUUGAGACGAACAGAUAUUCACCUUACCCACCUGUUGAAAAAACCAUCAGUAAGAAGACCAUUGACAAGAGACCCGAAAGUCAAGAUGAUUUCUGGACGAACGAUAUGGGUGGCUCUAGUCAUGAUAUUGGUGGCCCUAGUAAGAAAACCAUCACCACAACAUCUGAAAAUCAAGAUGAUUUCUGGAUGAGUGAUAGUGGGCCUAGUCCAGUCAGGGAUCAAUCGUUCUUUCAAAGGCUGACCGCUAGUAAUGACAAUGAUGAAGAGAAGGACUAA